CGGAAAGGACAACAGGAAGUGAACGUCCUCUGCUGUCAGAGGGAGAAGCUAAAGCUAAAGCGGUUAGCUGUUCAGAGGAGCUAAAACCACCGCUAAUGUGCUAGAUUAUCUUUACUACAAUGUGUUUAAAGUAGUUUAUUAGUUGAAUGGAGGAACAGGUAACAUACUGACAUGCUGUGUUUUGUCGAAAAGUGAUUAAUAUCUCGGGUCAGUCCGGUUUUAAUGCUAGGUAGCUAACGUAAGCUAGCUUUGGUAAGCUAGUAGUACAUUACAUGUUUCUGUGAAGACUGCAGUCUGGAGGAAGACAGAAGAGCAUCGCUGAAAUGAGUCAAGAUACUACAAAGCAUCGAGCAUCUUAACCCACUUUUACAACAGUUCUGUGUUGCAAUGAGGAGCUCCAGUGUUCAGCUCUGAGGGCUCAGAGGCAUGAACUCCGUUUCCCCCAGUGCAGUACAGUACGUAGGGGGAGUGAUGCAGGAUGAGCUGGUGGAGAGCCGGCGGCAGCAGCCCCUGGAGCGGCAGGGCAGCUUCGGUCCCAGGCUGCCACAGACUCCAGAUCCCGGCAGAGAGGCAACCGGAGAGCCUGACGAGAUGGACAAACUGAAAGCCAAACUGAUGUCGGCAUGGAACAACGUCAAAUAUGGUUGGACUGUUAAGUCUAAAACCUCCUUCAACAAGACAUCGCCAGUCACUGUCCUGGGACACUCCUAUCUGCUCAAUAGUGAGGACGAGGUGGAGCGGUUUCGUCUGGCUUUUGUGUCCAGGAUUUGGCUGACCUACAGGAGGGAGUUCCCUCAACUGGAGGGCUCCACCUGGACCACAGACUGUGGAUGGGGCUGCAUGCUGCGCAGUGGGCAGAUGCUGCUGGCACAGGGGCUCCUGGUCCAUUUGAUGCCCAGAGAUUGGGCUUGGCCAGAUGCUCAGCAGCUAACGGAGGUGGACUUCGAGGUGUUCAGACCGCGCUCCCCGGCCCGGGCUGUAGGGGUCCCCAUCCCCUCCUUUGGCUCUCCACGUGGAUCCAACACCCCAGAAAAGUCUCUGACGAGUGAUCAGGCCCCCAAAUGCAGCCAGAAGAAGAGACCUGAGUCUGUAAGGGACAGGCAGGCAGAGCCCAUCCACCACAAGCUGGUCACAUGGUUCGGGGAUCAGCCCCCAGCACCUUUUGGGCUUCACCAGCUGGUGGAAAUCGGCAAAAGUUCAGGGAAGAAGGCUGGUGACUGGUAUGGGCCCUCUAUAGUGGCACACAUAGUACGAAAAGCGGUAGCCAGAACCUCUGUGCUCCACAACCUGGCUGUAUAUGUGGCUCAGGACUGUACAGUGUACAAAGAGGACGUGGUGAAUCUAUGUGACCUGUCACUAAGCCAGACUCCCCCCGAUCCGUCCAGCCAAGCCUGGAAGUCUGUCAUCAUACUGGUGCCUGUACGGCUGGGAGGGGAGGCCCUCAACCCGUCCUACAUCGAAUGUGUCAAGAACAUCCUGAAGCUGGAUUGUUGUAUUGGCAUCAUCGGAGGCAAACCGAAGCAUUCACUUUACUUCGUUGGCUUCCAAGACGAGCAGCUGCUAUAUCUGGACCCUCACUACUGCCAACCUGUGGUGGAUGUCUCACAAGCCAACUUCUCACUGGAGUCGUUCCACUGUUGCUCUCCCAAGAAGAUGCCCUUCAACCGCAUGGAUCCCAGCUGCACCAUCGGCUUUUAUGCCAAGAACAAGAAGGACUUUGAGUCUCUAUGUUCUGCUGUUAGUGUGGCCCUGUCAUCAUCGACGGAGAAGUACCCCAUCUUUACCUUCGUAGAGGGCCAGGGUCAGGAUUAUGGACUUGAGGGUCACAGCAGCAAUCACAGUGGAUCCGCAGCCCACAUCCUGCCCCCCGGCAGACUGGGCAGGAGUAACAACAGAAGGAACAGUGAUGAGUUUGUCUUCCUGUAAGACACAGAGGAGGAUGCUCUCUCAGCUCUCACCUGUAGUGGGCAGCAGAGGACACCUCAUUUCCUUUCAAAGGGAAAGACUUGAUUCUGUUGAUGGUGCAGCUGAAAGGUGACGCUUUUGUGCUUUAUCGCCUUCACUGGUCAACAGAAAUAAAAACUGUGUUACUUCUGUCAUCACCUUUUGUGUGGAUGGGUAUUACAAGCUAACAGACAUUAAUGGGUACUGUCUGGAGCAUUAUUUUACUGGGCAAAAGCAUGAUUUCAAAAUGGAUCAUGGUUGGAAAUGUUUCAAGUACUUGAAGUAGUCUUGAUUCACUUUUAUCAGAGACCCCAAAAAAAGCCUCAAAGUCGAGUAUUUAUUAGUUAAAAACAAGCGUUUUAAAGUACUCCAUUCAACUACUGUGUUUCCGUCCGGGUCCGAACUGGACAGGAAGGUGAUGUGUGGUCUACAUGAUAUAUGAUAAGCUCACUAGUCAGUUAUGAGGCAUGAUGCCUUCACUUGUAUGAUAUACCAUCUGCUGAACAUCUCCUGUUUGUUUUUCAUUCUUUAAAUUAAUUUAUCGGGUUUAUGAGUGUGUGUUUGCGUGUGAGCGAGUGUGGGGGGUUAGUGUAGAUUAUUAGUCUGUCUUAAAUAAGUGUACUGAUGUAUUUAGGAGUCUUUCAUGUUGAGUUUCACUCUAUUCUUCCAAGAGCAUCUUGAACAGAUGUAAAUUCAUUCUAGUGUUACAAUUUAGCCCCGAAUAUCACACAGAUAACCAGGGUCUUGAUCUCCCACAUGCUCCGAUAUUGAUCAUUAAGAAUAUAUGAAACACUCCCAGAAAUCUGCUCUCACAAUGCUCCUGAAGAGUUACUCCAGCUCCCAGGUUGAGGGGUGAAGAGAAAUGAUCCCUUCUGUUGGAGAUGGAUGUGUAUCUUUACCUGGUAAACUGUGGCUUUUCCCAUGAAGCAGGAUUAUAAAGUUAUCUGGAUGCAUUUGCAAAGUAAAAACCAGAGCAGCUAUUUUGACUUCUGGUUCUGGGUUUUACUUGGUAAAGUUAUACAGUCAGUAACACCGGCCCGAGCUGAAUGGAGUUUUUGCUGCAGUGUCAUUUGUGUUUAGUUUGGCCCUUUUCUACGUGAAGGCUACUACUGCAAGUUGCACUACUACUGUUAUUUGGUUUGUUGUCCUGAUUAAACUUCAAACACUGGAAUCACA